AUGGAAGAAAAGGGAACAGAGAAUGGAGUGGCAGCCAUGGCGGCCUGCUACCAGGGAUUUGAUCCUGCAGCGUAUCUGCAAUACAACUACACUCCACCAAGGGCGGAUUUCGAUAGAAAGGACAGCAUUGUGCCGUGGAAACUGGCAUGCCUGCACAGAGCUUUCACUGAAGGCGAUGUGAAUGGUGAGCUCCUGGUGGACAUUGGUUCGGGUCCCACCCUGUACCAGGUGCUGAGUGGCUGUGAGGUUUUCAAAAAGGUACUCCUCACAGAUUUCCUGGAGGUCAACAGGCAGGAGCUGAGGGUCUGGCUCCGGGACGAGGGCGGCAGCAGCCUGGACUGGACGCCUUACCUGCAGCACGUCUGCAAGCUGGAGGGACGACGGCCCUCAGCAUGGACAGAGAAAGCUGCCAAGCUACGUCAGGUGAUCACGGACAUCGUCCCCGUAGACGUGCACCGGCCUCAGCCUCUGGCCCUCGAUGACCUUCCUUCAGCAGGGGCCGAUUGUCUCGUGUCCUGCUUCUGUCUGGAGAGCGUCAGCCCGGACCUGGCUGCCUUCACCAGGGCCCUGGGCCACAUCGGGAGGCUGCUGCGGCCCGGUGGCCACCUCCUGCUCAUAGGGGCCCUGGGAGAGAGUUACUAUUUGGGUGGCCCUGGAGUAAAGAUCCCUGUGGUCCCACUGAAUGAGGCUCAGGUCUGCGCUAGUUUGAAGGAAAGCGGCUACACCCUGAUCAGGCUGGAGGUUUACACACUGCCUCAGGACAUGAGGGUGGGGGUCGAUGAUGUGUCUGGGGUGUUUUUUGCGAAAGCAAUAAAGGAGUAA